AGGGCUUUAAAGGCUUGGUUUAUAUUUGUAAUGUGAUGUCAUUAGGUUUUCCAGAGCUAUGAUUAGGAUUCGGGGUUGAGUAGGAGAGGGGUCUCAGCUGCGUUAUCUAAAUUCACUAAUAUCGCUUACGUAGGACUUACGCGUGCGCUUCUGUUUCUUGUCUCUUUUCCUUGCCAACUGCUCAUCUCUGGGAGGCUUCCCUUCUCCUAGACUCAGGCAGCUGUGGUUAGGACCUUCUCUUCGGACUGAUCAGGAAAGGGGAAGCAAGGAUGUCUGCUUUGGGGGCUGCAGCUCCAUACUUGCACCAUCCAGCUGACAGUCACAGUGGCCGGGUCAGUUUCUUGGGAGCCCAGCCAUCUCCAGAAGUGGCGGCACUGGCUCAGCUCAUGAAGGACUUGGACAGGAGCACCUUCAGGAAGUUGCUGAAGCUUGUAGUCGGAGCCCUGCACGGGAAAGACUGCAGAGAAGCUGUGCAGCACCUUGGUGCCAGUGCCAACCUGUCCGAGGAGCGUCUGGCCGUCCUGUUGGCAGGCACACACACACUGCUCCAGCAGGCUCUCCGGCGACCCCCUGCCAGUCUGAAGCCAGAUGCGUUCCAGGACGAGCUCCAGGAGCUUGGCAUUCCUCAAGAUAUGAUUGGAGAUUUGGCCAGUUUGGCAUUUGGGAGUCAGCGCCCUCUUCUCGACUCUGUCGCCCAACAACAGGGGUCCUGGCUGCCCCACAUGUCUUACUUCCGGUGGCGGGUGGAUGUGGCCAUCUCCACCAGUGCUCAGACCCGCUCCCUGCAACCGAGUGUUCUCAUGCAGCUGAAGCUCACAGAUGGAUCUGCACACCGCUUCGAGGUACCCAUAGCCAAAUUCCAGGAGCUGCGGUACAGUGUAGCCUUGGUCCUUAAGGAGAUGGCCGAACUGGAGAAAAAGUGUGAGCGCAAACUGCAGGACUGAACCCUGGUGGGGAUGCUGAAACCAGUACCAGAGCUUACAGCCCCACUGGUCAUGAGACCAACUCAACUGAGGUCCUGCAUAUAAGGAUGUAUUUUGUUUAAGGGAAAAGACAACUGUGAGUUCGCGGUUGGUUUUGUUUUUAUGAGCGAACUAUGGACAUUGUGGCACAAUUUAUAAUCUCAGCAUUUGGAAGGCUGAGGCUGGAGAAUGGUAAUUUUAAGGUCAGCCUGGGUUACAUACCAAGGCUCAAUUUUGAACUAAACAAGUAAAGAACUAUUAAAAACAUGUUCUUCUACUGGGGUGUUAAACCUUAUACAUGUCCCCUCCCCAGAGGUUGGCAUGUGCUGCAGGAUGAGGCCAUGUGGAGAUGUAGGGUCCAGGUAAGGACCUGUUGUAGUAUACAGCAAGGUUGCUCAGCCUGACCUGAGCCCUCUGCUUCUUUGGUUUCGAAAAUCCUGUGCUUUGGUGUGCACAGGUUUAUUUUUUAUUUUUAUUUUUAUUUUUUUUGUCUUAAGUUCCUGCCUUGCUGAAGCGACAUCCUAGUGGGCAGGUUAGAGGGGGAGACAUAAAUAUUAAAUGUGUGUUACCUGA